UCUCGAGUACGGUAUUAAAUGCUGCGUAGGUGGACGCAAACCGUAUUUAGCACUUUUAAGCCGGCUUAAAUGCAACUAAUACGGUUUAAAGGCAUAGUGUGGACAGGGCCUAAAAUACGGACUAGAAAAACCUGCAUAUAUGUAUUAAUUUAAUCCUGAUGGCACCGUACCAAACAGAUGAUACCGGUUUAGUGUUAUUUGGUGUUAUUUUCCUAGCGCACUGCGCAUGCAUAAACAACUGCUAAGAAAGCAGGGAAGUGCCCAUGCAAAUCUGGUACGUGCUUUUCCAAUCUUUUACAUUGUUGUCAAUGUAAUUUAUCAUAUUUUUCCACCAUUAAGAAAAUAUUAUGCACAUAUUUAUCAUAUGCAAUACAUUGGGUCUUGGACAUUUUUUUAGUUGUGCAACUUUGCGACUUCUCAUUUUGUCUUGUCAUGAAUUGUUUUUCUUUUUAGAAAAAUUGAUUGUCUGUUUCCAGUAUGUUUGCAAAAAACAAUGUAUAAUUAAUGGUAAAUGUACCUCUGUUUGACAAUAGGAAAACACCCAUCAGAUCACAAUUGAUUGCACAUGUACCAAAAUCUGAUAGCAUACCACUUUCUAACACUAAACUGUAAUUGGUUUAACCAAUCGGAACAAUUGGUUAAACUCAUUCUGUGUUGUGCUGUGGAAUAAUUUCAGUAUCCAUACUGAAGAAGUAAUACAAAUGCUAUGAGUUGUCUUUCCUAGACCACUAGUAUACCUCAGGAUUAGAAUUAGUCUGUUUGACUGUUUUGUUUCUCAACCAGGACGCUACAUUUUAAAAACUCUUCAAACAACGCCUCAGUAGCCCAGUGAGAUUUGGCACGUCAUGAGUGUGGUUCUACGCAAUCUCCAGCGGGCGGUACCGUUGAGGAGGGCCAGGCUCCGAAAGGAUGUGGAGACCCUGCGGCACAUUUUAGGAAUUGACAGAUUUGACCUGGGGCUGAUUUGUGUUGAUAAUCGGAGGAUUCAGUAUAUCAAUAAAACAUACAGGCAAAAUGAUUCGCCAACUGAUGUUCUUUCAUUCCCCUUUUAUGAGGAUCUGAAAGCCGGCGUCCUCCCCAGCCCCCUUCAUCAAGACGAUUGUAACCUGGGUGACAUUUUCCUGGGGGUGGAGUACAUCCACAGGCACUGUGAGGAGCAGGAAGUAGACGACUUCCACAGCAUACUUGCUGUAGUUACUGCUCAUGGUCUUUGCCAUCUACUGGGGUAUAGACACGGAACAGAAAUGGAAUGGAAACAGAUGUUUCAAAAAGAGAGUCAGGUUCUCGAAGAGUUUAACAGGCGCACUGGCCACCAGCUUCAGCCUCUUACAAAAAAUGCAUUUUAGGAGAGUAAACUACUCUUGAAGAUCCCAAGUCGCUAAUGAGCAUUGGAAUGUUCACAUCACAGACUGGACUGCAGAACAGUACAGGUUAAAUGGAGACCGAUGCUG